AUGGGACCGGGCCGGCUCGUGAAGUUGUGCCGGAGGGGCGCUUCUUCUUACGUGGAAAGCGUACGCCUGCUCGAUCACUGGCAAUUGCAUGAUGAUGCGUUAUCUGGUGAAUUUCCACGUGGUGCCUUCGUUCUGAUGGUGGACAAAAGACCUUUGGUCAAGAAAACGGGUUCCGACGUGCAGCUGGUCAUGCAUUCGUUCCGAGACCUCCGAAACAACCUUUCGAAGUAUGGGCUGAACUUUUCGAUUGAAAAUUCUUGUUUGGUCGAUACGGUACAGCCGUUGAAUCUUGACGAAAACUCUGGUUUACAGGUGGCCUUGUUCGGCACAUCCCUCGAAACGGUCACGCCGCCCGAAGAUUUGCCGGUGCCACCGGAUGAGAUGCACACCCUGUCGCAAUUCAAUCUGACCUAUAAGCGCUGUCCGAAGUGUUGCACCAAUCUGAAGAAGCGGAUUAGCAAGUCGGCCGCUGAAUGCACGUAUUGCAGGAAGGUCUAUUAUCCAGCGUAUUCUCCCGUUUCAAUCUGCCUGGUUUCGGACCCUUCUAACGAGCAUGCGUUGUUGGUUCGACAUCGUGGUUCGGCCAAUGGUGUCUACACUUGCGUGGCAGGAUUCGCGACGACAGGCGAACCCUUGCACGAGACUUGUCGCAGGGAGAUCGCUGAAGAGGUCGGACUUGAGGCGACGGAUAUAAAGCAGUUGGGACUUUCACAACCAUGGCCAAUGCCUGAUAGCUCGCUCAUGAUCGGCUUCCGAGCCACCGCUGAUAGAUCAGAAAAGAUUACGGUAGCUUUGGAUGAGCUCGAAUCAGCGGAAUGGUACACGCGAGAUGAGAUCAUGCAGGCAUACCAGCGAACCAUCGAAGACCCAUUCCUGAAGGGCUUGACCAAAGAUCCAGACAGCCGCCAGAUUUUACGAUAUAUCCCCCCAGCCGGGGCCAUUGCACACACACUGAUCAAAAAGUGGUUAUUCAAGGAAAUU